AUGCAGCAUCCUAUGCAGCAUCCUAUGCAGCAUCCCAUGCAGCAUCCCAUGCAGAUCCCAUGCAGCAUCCUAUGCAGAUCCCAUGCAGCAUCCCAUGCAGAUCCAAUGCAGCAUCCCAUGCAGCAUCCCAUGCAGAUCCAAUGCAGCAUCCCAUGCAGCAUCCCUUGCAGCAUCCCAUGCAGCAUCCCAUGUAUCAUCCUAUGCAGCAUCCCUUGCAGCAUCCCAUGCAGCAUCCCAUGCAGCAUCCCAUGGAGAUCCAAUGCAGCAUCCCAUGCAGAUCCAAUGCAGCAUCCCAUGCAGCAUCCCAUGCAGCAUCCCAUGCAGAUCCCAUGCAGCAUCCCUUGCAGCAUCCCAUGCAGCAUCCCAUGUAUCAUCCUAUGCAGCAUCCCUUGCAGCAUCCCAUGCAGCAUCCCAUGCGGCAUCCUAUGCAGCAUCCUAUGCAGCACCCCUUGCAGCACCCCAUGCAUAUCCCAUGCGGCAUCCUAUGCAGCAUCCUAUGCAGCAUCCUAUGCAGCAUCCCAUGCAGCAUCCCAUGCAGCAUCCUAUGCAGAUCCCAUGCAGCAUCCCAUGCAGAUCCAAUGCAGCAUCCCAUGCAGCAUCCCAUGCAGAUCCAAUGCAGCAUCCCAUGCAGCAUCCCAUGUAUCAUCCUAUGCAGCAUCCCUUGCAGCAUCCCAUGCAGCAUCCCAUGCAGCAUCCCUUGCAGCAUCCCAUGCAGAUCCAAUGCAGCAUCCCAUGCAGCAUCCCUUGCAGCAUCCCAUGCAGCAUCCCAUGUAUCAUCCUAUGCAGCAUCCCUUGCAGCAUCCCAUGCAGCAUCCCUUGCAGCAUCCCAUGCAGCAUCCCAUGCAGCAUCCCAUGCAGCAGGACCUUGAGGUCCGGAUCGUUGAAGCCUCCAAGCCUCCAAGCCUACACGCCUCAGAGCAUCCAAGCCUCCAAGCCUCCACGCCUCCAAGCCUCCAAGCAUCCAAGUCUCCAAGCCUCCAAGACUCCAAGCCUCCAAUCAUCCAGGCCCCCAAGCAUCCAAGCCUCCAAGUAUCCAAGCAUCCACGCCUCCAAGCAUCCACACCUCCAAGCAUCCAGGCCUCCAAGACUCCAAGCAUCCAAGUCUCCAAGCCUCCAAGACUCCAAGCAUCCAAGCAUCCAAGCCUCCAAUCAUCCAGGCCCCCAAGCAUCCAAGCAUCCAAGCAUCCAAGCAUCCAGGCCUCCAAGCCUCCACGACUCCAAGCAUCCAAACAUCCAAGCAUCCAGGCCUCCAAGCCUCCAAGCCUCCAAGCCUCCAUGCCUCCAAGCCUCCAAGCAUCCAGGCCUCCAAGACUCCAAGCAUCCAAGUCUUCAAGCCUCCAAGACUCCAAGCAUCCAAGCAUCCAAGUCUCCAAGCCCCCAAGCCUCCAAGCCUCCAAUCAUCCAGGCCCCCAAGCAUCCAAGCCUCCAUGUAUCCAAGCAUCCACGCCUCCAAGCAUCCAAGCAUCCAAGCAUCCAGGCCUCCAAGCCUCCACGACUCCAAGCAUCCAAACAUCCAAGCAUCCAGGCCUCCAAGCCUCCAAGCCUCCAAGCCUCCAUGCCUCCAAGCAUCUAAGUCCCAAGCAUCCAAGCCUCCAAGCAUCCAAACCUCCAAGCAUCCAAGCCUCCAAGCCUCCAAGCCUCCAAGCAUCCACGCCUCCAAACAUCCAAGUAUCCAAGCCUCCAAGCCUCCAAGCAUCCAGGCCUCCAAGCAUCCAAGCAUCCAGGCCUCCAAACAUCCAAGCCUCCAAGCAUCCACAAGCAUCCAAGCCUCCAUGCCUCCUAGCAUUUAAGCAUCCAAGCAUCCACGCCUCCAAGCAUCCAAGCCUCCAAGCAUCCAAGCAUCCAGGCCUCAAAACAUCCAAGCAUCCAAGCAUCCAGGCCUCCAAGCAUCCAGGCCUCCAAGCCUCCAAGCCUCCAAGCAUCCAGGCCUCCAAGCAUCCAGGCCUCCAAGCAUCCAAACCUCCAAGCCUCCACGCCUCCACAAGCCUCCAAGCUUCCAGGCCUCCAAUCCAAAGGGAUAUGCAUUUGAAGCGCGAAGGUUAA